AUCGUAGGACGGUGAACGAAAGUAUCCGCGAACCGUAAUUGCAACUUCGAUGUUGCAAGGAACUGGAACGAGCCGAUGAUAAAUGGAGACGUUUUUCCAGGGUAUCGCGUACAAUCUCGGUGAUUAAUUAGUGCACUCUGGUUGGUCAGGGGACUGUGCUACGCUUUCUUUUCGUUCGCGAAUAACCGAGCGAACGAGUAAGUUUCCAUAAAGAAUAAUCGCGGGAAGAAUGAGAUCUCGGAUCGAUCGGAAAUCGAAUAACGAACGGUCGGUAAACGGUGCGAUUAACUGACAACUAUGUAACCCGAGCUAAAUCUAAUAUACGCGAAGAUCGUAAUUAGUGCGUUUCGGGACCACCGGAGAAUCAAUUAAUUUCAAUGAAACGAGGUCAAAGGUCGCCGAGUUCCCGAUAAUUCUCUUAUCGGUGAAAGCUCGGGACAGGUCUCUCGAAUGGAGUGAAAGGUUAAACGAACAAAUCCUCGUUUGCAUUUCGAACGAAUUUGCAACAGCGAGCUUUCGGUGUCGACGAGACAAGGUCGAAGAUCGUGAUUUCCUGGUGUGUAGUUGACGAGGAUGUCGCAACAAGUUCAAAGCUCAUUGAUAGCUUUUUUUCAACCGCGAAAGGGUUCUUAGGGAAGAGACACGGAUCUCUGCGUGUGCGAGAGAGAGAGAGAAAAAGAGAAACAGAGAAAGAGGAGUGGAGAGAAACUCUUCGGUUUUUUCGAUGUCGCGGGAUCGUCGGCGUCGCAAGAAAAUCAGAGGAGGACGCGGAUAAAGCGUGCAGCCGCUAACGAACGGGCAAAAAGAAGAAGCCGAGAGAGAAUGAAUUCAAGUGGCUCGCUGGAUAAGGAACCCUCGUGUAUUUAAUCGUUCCAGACAUUGCCGGAGAUCGUCCGACAGACGAACGCAUGUAAAUCGAGAACGGUUCGCUCGCCAAUAAUGGUUCCCCCGUCGCUCGCUGCGCGAAACUAGUCGCAUUACUGCAAUUUCUGCGAUCACUGGAACACACGUGGUCGCGGCCGCAAUUUAAUUAACACGUCGGCGUCGGGGCACCUCGAAAAUUACAAACGUUCCGCACAAAUUUCCCGAUUCGUGGAACGUCUCGCGGCAUUCAUUCCCGCAGAACUUGAGCGCAACUUAUCGAGACCAAAGUUGGAAAUUCGGGUGACGCGUGCGCGUGUAUGUGUGUGUCAUCUGCCGUCAAAGUGUUAACACUGAAUUUCGUACGGUGAUCGAAUUGAUAACGAAAUCAAAAUCAUAUUGAUAAUCGAUCGAGGAACCACGAAGAACCAUCAAGAAGAACAAGAGGAUCGAAUUCAUUAAAAAUUUCGAUACGAAAAAGAAAAAUCGUACGCGAAUAAUCGAUUUGCAGGAUUUACACAAUGAUAGAGAUCGGAAUAACGACGACGUGUUCCUUAAUGACGUCUUCUUUUCACGGAAGCGUGCUCGUCCCGUUUUGCAUUUCACGUACUGGAAACCAGCCGCGACGAAAGAGUGCGUGAACAUUAUCGAAAAAAGAAAAAAAAAACAUGGACGGAUCGGUGACGAACGGCACGAUUAUCGGAGUGGCAUUGGGUGGCGAGAGUGUGAAGCAUUUUCCUCGAUGGGUCACCAUCCUAGCAGCCGUGUGCGCGAUCAUUUUCAGCGUCGUUGGAAUCGCGGGUAACUUGGUGACAGUGAUCGCGCUACUGAAGUACACGCGGCUGAGACGGCACGCGACGACAGCCUUCGUGAUCAGUCUCAGUAUCUCCGACCUGAUUUUCUCGGUUUUCAAUCUGCCGCUGACUGCGAGCCGUUUUCUGCGCGAAGCUUGGGUCCUCGGUGAAACGCUGUGCAAAAUAUUUCCGCUGCUCUUCUACGGAAAUGUCGCGGUUUCGUUGCUGAGCAUGGUUGCCAUCACGAUCAACAGGUACAUACUGAUAUCGAGGUCGGAGAUGUACGCGCAACUCUACACCACGAAACGGAUAAUAAUAAUGCUGAUCGCCAUCUGGACCGUAAGUUUCUCCCUGCUGCUGCCACCGUUGUUAGGCAUCUGGGGGCAGAUGGGUCUGGACACGACCACCUUCUCCUGCACGAUCCUGAAGAAGGACGGUCGCAGCCCGAAAAAGUUCCUCUUCGUCCUAGCGUUCAUCGUGCCCUGUAUAGUAAUUAGCGUGUCUUACCUGUGCAUCUAUUGGCGCGUGAGAAAGAGCAGGAAGAACCUAGAAGCCCACAGUGGCGUCUCCCGAAGAAAAACGAACGGGAUCCAGCGAAGAGAGGACUCCAGAGUGACCAAACUGAUGCUGACCAUAUUCCUCUGUUUCAUCCUCUGCUUCAUGCCGUUGAUGUUCGUCAACGUGGUCGACGACGACAUCAAAGUGCCGGUCAUACACGUAAUCGCGUCGAUCCUGGCCUGGGCCUCUUCUGUGAUCAACCCUUUCAUCUAUGCAGGGACUAACAAAUUGUACAGAGAGGCCUACAAGCAGGUCUUGUGCCCAGUGUCGAGCAAAACGCCGACCAUCGGACCCAAACCUACUCAUUCGCAUUCGAGCAAGAUCUCCACGCCGCAAGGCACCUGAGGAGUUGAACAUUGAGGGUGUCUUGGUUAAAGCGAUUGGACGUUUCGUGACGAAUCCUUCGAACUCUGUGGAUGCAUACGCGUGUCUAAGGAUUUUUGUGCACGACAAAUAUUGUCCGUUUAACCUUGGGGAAAUGGAGGAUUCAAGGUGGGACUCAUUUGCGCGGUUCGCAGUUAUACAGUGAUCUCCAGUGACUGAUCUUCAGUGACUGAUCUCCAAUCGGUAUACACCUUCGACCACGUCUAUGAAACAACAACGCGAAGACAGGCAAUUGGAUGACACAGAUGCCAUAUCUAACAAGAAACAUCGACCUUUAGAAGUCAAACUUCCUCCUUCCCUGUCCAAGUAGUGUGAAUUAUAUUUUAUAUGGAACAUUAGGCAAAACACAAUGCAA